GUUUACAUUUUAGUUUGGAUGGAGAACUUAACCAAGCUUACACCUCUGAAGCAGCCAAUUGUGUUUGAGCUAGAGAGCUUUGAGGUGCCCCCAGACCAGGCUCCUGUGCUCCUCUUCCUGGCUCUUUUCAACUACAUGGUGGUGCUUCUGGCCAACGGGCUGGUGAUGAGCAUCAUCGUGGCAGACAGGGCCCUGCACAGACCCAUGAAUGUGUUAAUCUGUAACCUGGCAGCCUGCGACCUGCUUGGAGGCACUGCUGUGCUCAUACGGCUCAUAAUGUACCUCGCCACCGGGCAGAAGAGGAUUGCGUAUGGCGAGGCCAUUGCCCAGGCCUUCGCGGUACACACCUACGGAGCUGCUGUUCAGACCAUUUUGGCCACUAUGGCUUAUGACAGGUAUCUAGCAGUGUGUGAGCCACUGAGGUACCAUGCCCUCAUGACACCGGCUAGGCUACUCUUCUCUUGGGUCCUGGCCUGGGUGGUGGCUCUGCUCUGUAUCGGUGUGCUCUUUGCCUUGAAUGUGGGAACCCCCUUGUGUGGUACCGUCAUCAAGCACGUCUAUUGCAGCAACCGCUCAAUUCUGUACCUGGCCUGUGAACCGACGCCAAUAAAUAACAUCUAUGGUUUGAUCAUGUCUUGGUCUUUAAGUACAGGAUGCUUCCUUGUCAUCGCUUUCUCUUACAUCAAGAUUCUGCAUGCCUGCAUAAAAAACAGCAAUGAUGGCACCAUGCGGAGGAAAGCUUUCCAGACCUGUGCUUCUCAUCUUGUAAUUUAUUUGAUCUAUCAAAUUGGCUCUACAAUCAUUAUUCUGUCCCAAAGGUUCACCUCAGCAUCUCCAAAUCUUAAGAAAUUCUUCAGCAUACUAAUUAUUAUUAUCCCACCUGCUGUGAACCCUGUUAUCUACGGCCUUGUUACGAAGGAGUUACGUACCAGCCUACUGAAACUGGUUAAAACUAAAGUCCAAUCCAGGACCCUGUUCAGUACAUCAUAAUUCAUAAAAUAAAUAAUGCA